AUGGUGGAGCCUGAAGAUAGCAAGGAGCCCUUGACUUUAAGCAAGAAGGUAUUCCUGAUUAAUCGGCAGGGAGAACCUCUCCUGUUUAGGUUCACUGCCCCUAUCCUUGGCACACAGCAGAGACGGGCCAAGGAUGCCGCAGGAGGGAAGGCCAUCUUUGAUGCCAUUCAAGAGGUAUGCAAAGACUCUAGGCAAGGAAGGGCUACCAGGGAUGGAGAGAAUGACAAGGAUGUGAGGCCUCUUGCUGAGAUCAAAGCUGAAAAGGAGAGAAAGGAAAAGGCAGCUCAAGAGAAGAAGGUUGCCCAGCCUGCAGAGGGUGCCAACACCAGGUGCUUCAGUCUGGGGUUUUGGUAUGACCAAGCUUGUAGCUGGCAUAGGCCAUCCAAAGAUCUGCUACAAAGUGAGUGAGGGAGCUGGUUUGUGGAGUAAGACAGUACUGGUUUGUCAAGUCAGACAGCACUGCAAAGACUUGCUGACACAAAGCUCACAGCUAGACAAUGUCACAGCAAAACAAGAGAAGGCUUCAAGCUUUAUGAUCUGGUGGCAGAAGUACAUGAACAGCCAUGUUGAGCCUUUGUGCAGUGCACAUCUGCCAAAGGAGUGGGAUGAAGCACUAAAGGGGAGAAUCAAGGGAAUGUAG